AUGCACCGAAUCCGCCGACCAUGGACGCUGCAGCGACAGAAUACUGACGGAGUACAGCUCAAUACCCUCGAUCACGAUGGCAAAGUGUCGGACGAAGAUGUCGGUGCAGCAGAGAAGACCGGACUGAAGGAAGCAGUUGAGCCUGUGCAUGUAGACAUCCAGCGAGGCCAUUCUAUUGAGGUCGAUGUUGCUCAAGUCUUGCAGGAUUCGGACGUCAAGGAUAUCGAUGGAAAUACCUCGCCAUACCCGGAAGUACGAGCAGUGGUCCCAGAAACCGAUGAUCCAGACAUGCCCGUCAACACUCUGCGAAUGUGGAUCCUGGGCACGAUUUGGGUCCUCAUCGGUGCUGGCGUCAAUCAAUUCUUCUCCCUACGCUACCCAGCUGUGCACAUUGUCUCAAUCGUGUCAGAGCUCCUGGCAUAUCCGAUGGGAGUCUUCCUGGCCCGUGUCCUCCCGGUCAUGUCAGUCAAUCUACCAUUCUUUGGAGAGUGGAGAAUCAAUCCGGACAAGAAGUUCAACAUCAAGGAGCAUGUGGUCAUUGUCAUCAUGUCGAACGUCACAAUCGGGUUCGCUGGAGGUGCUGAUGGAGCUUCCGUUAUACAGGCAGCGAUCAAGUUCUAUGGCUUCGAACUUCCAGCAGGCUUCAGCGUCUUGGUUGUCAUGUGCUGUCAGGUUUUGGGCUUCGGUGUAGCUGGACUGUGCCAUCAAUGGCUUGUUGAGCCUUCACAUAUCAUCUGGCCCGGCGUACUCGGCAACUGCGCUUUGCUGAAUAGCCUUCACAGUAGCGCCAACGCCGUGGCGGAUGGCUGGAUGAUUUCUCGAAUCAGGUUCUUCAUGGUCGUCAUGACGGGCGCCUUUAUCUGGUACUGGUUUCCUGGACUCAUCUUCGUGGCUCUGAGCUACUUUACCUGGAUCUGCUGGAUCGCCCCAAACAAUAUCGUGGUCAACCAGCUCUUUGGCAUGCAGACUGGACUUGGGCUGUUUCCUCUCACGUUCGACUGGUCUCAGAUUGCAUACAACACUAACCCACUGCUGUCACCUUCUUGGGCAGCCGUCAACGUAUUUGUGGGCUUCGCUGCCGCAUUUUGGGUGGUCGUGCCUGGUCUUUACUACACUGGCGUCUGGUUCACGAAUUAUCUACCCAUGAUGACUGCAGACGUUUACGAUCGCUUCGGCUCUCAGUAUGAUGUAUCGAAGGUGCUUACCGCGGCUGGAACCCUGGAUCCGGUGGCCUAUGCGGAAUAUUCGCCUCCAUACCUGAGCGCCACAUUCGCCUUCGUGUACGGCUUGUCUUUCGCCUCAAUGACUGCAGUGCUUGUCCAUGUCUGGCUUUGGCAUGGUAGUGACAUCUAUUCGGCUCUCCGAGGGCGACAAAAGCUCGACAUUCACGCACGCUUGAUGCGGUCAUACAGGAAAGUGCCCUGGUGGUGGAAUGUUAUGCUCCUGGUCAUCUUCACAGCACUAUCGAUCGUUCUCGCCGAAAUCUACAACACACAACUACCAGUCUACGGCAUCUUCCUCGCUCUGCUCAUCCCGGCGGUGUACAUGGUGCCUUGCGGCAUCAUCCAAGGUAUCACGAAUGUCGACGCAAACCAGCUGAACGUGCUGUCUGAGUUCAUCGGUGGGUACAUGUUCAGCGGCAAGCCACUGGCGAAUAUGGUCUUCAAGAUUCUGUCAGAAGAUGUCGUCAGCCAGGGUAUCUUCUUCGCCCAGGAUCAAAAGCUGGGACACUACUUCAAGGUGGCGCCGCGAACCGUCUUUUUUGCACAAGGCUUCGCUUGUGUGUUGGGUGCGCUCACGCAGACUGGUGUCACAUUGUGGAUGCUGGGCAAUAUCGAGAACGUCUGCUCCUCUGAACAAGCAGAUUCGUUCACUUGCCCGAAUGGUCGAACUGUCUUCUCGUCCUCCGUCAUCUGGGGUCUUGUCGGUCCGGGAAGAUUGUACAGUAUCGGCAAGAUCUACAGUGGGCUUUUGCACUUCUUCUGGAUCGGUGCUUUGAUGCCGCUUCUGACCUGGGGUGUUUGGAAGUACACCAAGAAAGACUGGUUGAAGAAGGUCAAUUGGCCGCUGAUCUUUGUGGGGACGUAUAAUGUUCCGCCAGCUACCGGCAUCAACUACUCAUCAUGGGCGAUCGUCAACUUGAUUUUCAACCAUUGGAUCAAGAACAGAUUCUUCUCGUGGUGGGCCAAGUACAACUACAUCCUCGCUGCAGCGAUCGACUUUGGCACUGCCUUUGCAGGCAUCAUCAUCUUCUUCGCCGUCAGCUAUCCAGGCUACUCGUUCCCAGACUGGUGGGGCAACACAGUCUUCUUGAACACCGCAGAUGGCAAGGGUCUUGCGUACAAGCCAAUGCCCGAGUCUGGAUACUUUGGCCCGGCGAAUGGGACGUGGUCGUAA